AUGUGGUUUGAGGAGUUGGCGAGGUAACUUUGGUCAACUCUGAGUUCCACUCAGAAUAACCGGUUCCUCAGAAGUGGCUCACCUUUUUAGCCAGGUACGUGUUAAUGUCGGCAACAAUUCCUUCAGUGCUAAACUGCAGGCAGGCUUACUCCUUUUAUCCUGAAUGAAGUGUCUGAGCCACGAGUUGAGGCUCAUCUCCUUAAUUUGAGGUAGACAAUCGAUAUGAAAUAUUUUAUUAAUCAAAAAAAUGUGUUGAAGCUAUAUUCAUGUUAAAAUAUCUAUUAGUAAUAACAGAAUGCAUUUUAAACUUCACGCACAGUACAACUUGCAGAUGACUUAAUACAAUUGUUUUAUCGAUUGGUGUGGGGAGGGAGCAGGGAUGCAAACUAGUCACCUUUUGGCAAAAUUCGUGGUUUUGAAUCCCAAAAUAGGUGACCCACGUGAUUCGUGUAGAUCCGAUGAGAAAGGUUUGGGAUGGGGGGGGGUUGGAUCACUACUGGCUGUAAGUGAACAAGUGAUGCACGUUUGGCGCAAUACUGGCUGUAUCCAAGACUCAGCCAAUCGUUUACAUAACAACAGAAUGCAAAGCAGAGGCAACCAAUUUACUAGUUACAGCAUCAGCGUGCGCUCUGGUAAGACAGCUUGCCAGUUACAGCAGCACGUCCCCUGAACGAUAACGAAGAGGUCUUUAAAAAAAAAACUUUUAUUUAACUAGGCAAGUCAGUUAAGAACAAAUCAUUUUUGUCUGCAGUUUUCGGUUUGGCUAUUUGUUUCAAGGUGUAUGUGGCGGUUCUAGCUUGUAUGCCGCCCUGGGUGAAACCCCCCAUAUCAGCGCCGUGCCGCAAUGGGGGGGAACCCCCCUAAAUCCGCUACUGAUUUUGUAUUAGUCUAUAAAUAAAUGUCUUUGACAAAAUUCCUCAUCUCUCCCGUGUCUUAUUCAACUAGUAUAAGUUUUUAAAGUUUAAGGAUAAUAACUCGGCCAUAGUUGUUCUGAAAUGUUUAUUACUUGCCAACAUUUCACUCCCUCUGUUUAAUAUAACACACACUUAGUAAUUUCGGUUGCCUAUCCUGACGUGAAGUUUGUUCUAUAGUAAGUAUUUGAUUCCAUGUGUCACGGAAUGUAUUUGACUCAAGCCACCAACUUAAGGAAAUUAGCCACUAUCUUAACUAAUGUUUAUCCUCUACAGUGUGGUUAAUUUUCAGUUUGAGAGAAUUAAGUGAAAAUGAAGCGUUGCUUGUUUAAACAAGUGGAUUCAGGGAUGAAGUGUAGCUGGGCCUGGCUUAAGCUGGAGGCAACUAUGGAGAUGAAAGGAACAUCACACACUUUCCCUCUUUGGGAAAUGUUUUUUUUUCCUUAAGACUUUGACAGUGAAGUCUAGACAACCAAUAACAUUGCUUUCUUUACAUUUUGUGUAUUUUAUUUUUUGUAUUUUCCACACAGAGACUGAAAGAUGGUGUAGAUCAUAUUCUGUGUUGUUUAACUAGUUAAAACCUGCAUUUCCCCCUAGCAGGGAUUGUUUUUUUCUGCAAGUUUCAGCAACAACAACAAAAAAAGUGUCACCUUUUUUUGGUCCCUCACCCGUUUGUAUCCCUGAUAAGGUGCUUGUGCAUUGAGAAGCACAUCACCACCGACGUUAUUAACAAUAAGUAAUAAAAUAAGGCAUUUCUAAAAGCCUAUUUCACACCCGUAGCCUGUUGAAUUCGUAAGAUAACUUUACUUUCAUUUUGGCACAAAUAAAAAUGUGGCACUGAUUCUCCCGCAGAUUGACGUUUCAACAUUUUGUCUCAAUGAAGAGUGCGGUGUUCAACCACGCAAGCGCAGUUAUAAGUCUGCUAGCGGUAGCAGCAGGCGGACUAGCAAUAUCCACCGUUGUAGUACGGAUGAAGCCUGAGCUGGAAGGUGCAGCUUGGCUAGCUGUAGUUUUAGUCGUAGUGUCCCCUCGGAUAGCUGUCACUACGGAGCAACACAGGCAGCCAAAUUCGGCUUUAUUUGUUUAACCAUUUUUAUUUUGAUCUGUCAGAGCUGAUCUGAUUGUUUAAAAGACCAAUUACUGGAGAGAGAAAAUAAUAAAAGUCCAAUUACUGGAGAGAGAAAAUAAUAAAAGUCCAAUUACUGGAGAGAGAAAAUAAUAAAAGUCCAAUUACUGGAGAGAGAAAAUAAUAAUCAUACUUGGUCUGUCUGUAAACGCAGCCGGAGACGACGAAGCUAGAGGCUGUGAACGUGUGAAGUUCAUCCCAGCUGUGUGCAGGUGUUCCUGGGCUAUGUAGCCAGACUUACCCCCUAGCAUGCUCCAGACCAACAACUACUCGCUGGUCCUUCUGGUCCAGCUGGGUCUGCUGACCUAUGACCUGUUCGUGAACUCCUUCAGCGAGCUGCUCAGGGCAGCGCCCGUCAUCCAGCUAGUGCUGUUCAUUAUCCAGGAUAUAGCCAUCCUGUUCAACGUGAUCAUCAUUCUGCUGAUGAUGUUCAACACCUACGUGUUCCAGGUCGGUCUGGUCUCUCUGCUACUGGAGAGGUUUAAAGGCUUGCUGGUGCUGUCUGCCAUCUACCUCACUCUCAGCAUCUCCUUUCACUGCUGGGUAGUGAACCUGAGAUGGCUGGAAUCUAAUCGUUUCAUCUGGACGAACGGCCUGUGUGUCCUCUUCGUCUUCCAGAGGGUUGCUGCAGUGUUGUAUUACUACGUUUACAAACGGACAGCAGAGUGUCUGGGCGACCCGCGGCUGUAUCAGGAUUCUGUCUGGCUGAGGGAUGCCUUCGCCAGAGCUCGUCAGUGAGGAGGAAAUGGAACAUUUAGACCCCCCCCCCCAAAGGACUUAUUACCAGGCGAGGCCUGCCAGGCUCUGUGGUGACUCACUUGCCUGGGUGAGCCAUGUUCGUUAGGCAUGAAAAUGAAACAGGGAGGGUCUCCCUGGCCUUGUACAAUAAGAAAUGACCAUUAAACUGAAACAGGGAGGGACUCCCUGGCCUUGUCCAAUAAGAAUUGACCAUUGUUUUCCCACUUCAAAACGGUUUGCCCAACUGAAAAUGACUCUGGGUCAGGAUGUAGCUGACGGAAAAGUGAGAAACGGCAAUGGGUUUGUACAGCAGGAUGGAUCAAGUCAAUGUACCACACUACACAAAUAUGGACUAAUGUUGUAACAAGAAGACAAGACACUAAAGGACAAUCUGAGGCAGAUUAUUUUUAUUUUAAACAGUACAUUCAUAAUGACUGCUAUUAAUUUAGUGUUUUUACUAAGAUGGAAAAAAAUAUAGCAUCCCAAAUUGCACCCUAUUCCCUAAUAUAGUGCACUAAAUGGGGAAUGGAAUGCAUUUUGGGAUACACAGUUGUUCACAGAACCAGGCGUGCAUAAGAGUUGUUACUGGUUCCCUCUCAGGUGAGAGAGGGGAAGUCCUGGGGCUCGACUCAAUCCAGUCUGUGUUGUAGCAUCAAGGUCAUUUCCUGUUGGGAGCAACGUUUACCGUGAAGGAAGUCUACACUAUAAUGCUGACUGAAUGGAGCCUCUGGUUCAGUUUGUCCUGUAGAUAAGAUGUGCUAUUUACAAAGUUCAAAUUGUCAAUCCAACACUUUUUAUAUAUUUUUUAUUUUAUUUAAAAAAAUGCCGGUUCUCUGUG